AUGGACAAAUCAUUCGAUUAUAUCAUCGUUGGCGGCGGCACUGCCGGCCUGGUCCUCGCCUCACGGCUCUCCGAGGACCCAAAUACAUCCAUCGUAGUACUCGAAGCCGGUAAAGACCUAACGCAAGACCCGCGAGUCCAGAUCCCGGCGCUCUUCACCACUAUCAUGUCAGAGGCCGACUACGGAUUGGCCUCAACGCCACAAGAAUCUCUUAAUAACAGGGUACUCAAGACAACGCAAGGCAAAGCUCUUGGUGGUUCCUCUGCAAUCAACGGACAGGCAUUCAUUGCUCCGACCAAAGCCGGCAUCGACGCCUGGGCUCGCCUGGGUGCUACAGGAUGGACUUUUGAGACUCUGCAGCCAUACUAUAAAAAGAGCUACACGCUUCAGCUACCUGAUGCUGAGACACAAAAGCACAUCGGCAUUUCCUGGCUUGAUGCCGAUAUCCAUGGCUCAUCGGGACCUAUCAGGACAUCAUUUCCUGCCCAGCUUGAAGAUCCUCUUGCCAAAGCUUGGAUCGAUACCUUCAAGAACUUGCGGUUCGGGGCCGUCGGAGAUCCCUUCUCUGGGAAGUCCCUCGGUGGUUACAGUAAUCUGGCGUCGGUUGAUAGCGAAACGAAGACGCGCAGUUAUGCCGCUCCUGCAUACGGCAGCCCUGCCGCAGAGCGUGGCGUGCGGGUUCUGACCGAAGCCCUUGUGCAGAAGAUCUUGUUUGAUACAGCCGAGUCCUCCGACGCGGUAGCUACUGGCGUGGAAGCCAUAAUCGGCGGAGAAACUCAGACCUUCCAAGCCAAGAAGGAAGUGAUUCUCUGCGCCGGCGCAUUUGGCACACCAAAGAUCCUCGAACUCUCUGGAAUCGGAAAUGAAGAGCUCCUUCGUCAACUUGAUAUCCCAGUUACAGUUCAUAGUCCGAAUGUGGGCGAGAAUCUUCAGGACCACCUGAUGACCGGCGUGAGCUUCGAAGCCGUCGAUGGCGUCGUCACGGUUGACCCUCUCCUACGACAAGAGCCAGAAGCCAUUGCCGCCGCGAUGCAGCAGUACACGGAGCACAAGAAGGGCCCGAUGACGAUCGGAGGGGUCCAGUCCUGCGCGUUCAUGCCAAUUCUUGAGUUCCACGCAUCAAACAACCAGCGAGAAUCUACGAUGCAGGAGUGCAUCGACUCCCUACUUUCGACUCCAGACGAGCGUAGGAGCGCCAUUCGCGACAUCUUCAUCCAGCCCAACGAACCAACAUGCAUGAUGUUCAUGUUUCUCGCCCAAGCGAACCUCCACGAUGACUCAGGUGGCAGCUUCGUCGGCAGCUCCCUGCAGCAGGGCAACUUCAUCAGCCUCGGUCUGGAAACUAGCCUGCCCUUCUCGCGAGGCACGAUACAUAUUUCAUCUGCCGACCCAACAGCCAAGCAAGUCAUCGACCCGCGCUACUUCUCCCAUCCUCUCGACAUUGAGAUCAUGGCGCGCAACCUGCUUGACGUCGAGCGUCUGCACAAAGUAGCCCCUCUAUCCCACUUUAUCAAAGUGAAUGGACGGCGGAACCAUCCCGAUGCGUUCCUAUCUGACCUCGAGUCCGCGAAGGAAUAUCUCCGUGACACGGCGAAGACAGCGUAUCACUUCUGCGGAACUGCCGCGAUGCUUCCGCGUGAGAAGGGUGGUGUCGUUGAUGAGCGACUGAGGGUGUAUGGGACGGCGAAUCUGCGAGUGUGUGAUGCGAGUAUUUUUCCAAUAAUCCCUGCGGCGAAUAUCAUGUCGAGUGUGUAUGCAGUUGCGGAGAGGGGGGCUGAUAUCGUUCGAGGGAGAAUUUAG